AUGACGUCUGAACAGGCCGAUUCGACCCCAACCGCCAACUCCAUGGAGUCAGGCCCGCAGGCUAUGCAUCCCCAAGCCAAGAUGCCGGGCCAAGCGGAGACCGACUCCGACGCCAAGUCAAGAUCGCAGCCCGGCCAGGUUCGCUUCUCCUCUGUCACGCAGGAGAUCGAACCCUCUCGAUCACAGCUGUCCCCGGACCCGGAGCAAACCCCGACAGACUCCCGCAAGAAAACUGAAGAAGAGGAACUGCGGUCCCUGGCGAUGAGCUUGCAGAGCUCCCAGCUUCAGGAGUCCCGUCUGCGUAACAACUUCUCAUUCGAGCCAAUGUCGCUUCCGUCGUCGAGAGUUGCCUCUCGAGAAUCGAGCGAUCGUAGUGGCCGAGACGGUCCAGGCUCCUACGUGACUUCUCCUCAUGCAUCUCCCCCAGUUUCCGCCGUACAGUCGCCUCCCCUGACUCCCGCCGUCACCCAUUCUCGCGAUGGCCGAUCUACCGAAAGCGCCUCUCUACUGAACGCAGUUGGCAAUGUCAACGCAAAGGCAUCGGCCAUCACUCCCGAAACUUCCCCACCCGUCUCAUCGGCCGACAAGAAUGGUACGCAACGAAGUGCUCCAUCCUCGCGACCCGGUUCCACCGACCGCCUCUCUACCAAACAGAGCGGUGCUUCGGAACCUUCGUCCCAGGCUCACAGCACAUUGCCCCGGCACCGAGCUCAAUUCUUCAUUGGCACCGAUGCCAGCUCACAAGAAGAAAGCCCUCCUGCAACUCCCCGCGACUCGCAUACGCCGCCGGGUACCAUCACACCAGUAGGCGAGCCCAAUGACCCAUACGCUCGCAGCAAGCGGCCACCGCAGCCGAAGAACCUCGCUCAGCUAGAUCCACGAUUUAUAUUCGGGGGCCGGGAUUCGAAGCGGUCGUUUCGGCCAGGAACCCCUCGGUCAGCCAGCGCCAGUGAUGGGAUUUUCGGCAAUGGCAAGAAGGACCAGGACCACAAGGGCGGCCACGGCCAUCAAGGUCACCAUGGGUCCAUGUCCGAGCUGAAGCGGUUUUUCAAGAUGGGCCAUCGCCACAAGCGGCCCGACUCACCGACGUCCGGCAAGCGAUCCAAGAGCACGCCGUAUCAGAUGGCCCCUGAUAAUGUUCCCUUCGCCGACGACCACGGCCUGAACUCCAAGUAUGGUAAAUUGGGAAGGGUUCUUGGCUCUGGUGCUGGUGGUUCGGUGCGACUGCUGAAGCGGAACAGCGACGGGGUCACCUUUGCCGUUAAGCAAUUCCGAGACCGCCACAGCUGGGAGAGCUUGAAAGAAUACUCAAAGAAAGUAACGGCCGAGUUUUGUAUCGGUUCCACGCUGCACCACGGUAACAUUAUCGAGACCUUGGAUAUCAUCCAAGAAGGACAGCAUUGGUACGAGGUCAUGGAGUAUGCUCCCUUCGAUCUCUUUGCGAUUGUCAUGACGGGCAAGAUGACCAAGGAGGAGAUUGCGUGUUCCUUCAAGCAGAUCCUCAGCGGCGUUGCUUAUCUUCACGGCAUGGGCUUGGCCCAUCGUGAUUUGAAGCUGGACAAUGUCGUGGUCAACGACCGCGGCAUCAUGAAGUUAAUUGAUUUUGGGAGUGCAGUGGUGUUCCGGUACCCAUUUGAAAACGACAUUGUGCCAGCUUCAGGCAUCGUUGGCUCGGAUCCUUACCUUGCCCCGGAAGUGUAUGAUGAGAAGAAAUAUGACCCCCGCCCCACGGAUGUUUGGUCGCUGGCGAUCAUCUUCUGUUGCAUGACUUUGCGCCGCUUCCCGUGGAAGCAGCCGCGCACGACCGACAACUCAUAUCGCCUGUUUGUGUCCACUCCUACACCUGGCACCCCGGUCCCUGAUGUCGAUCCCCGGCGUCGACCCAAGUCUAACCCCGAUCUUCCUUCUACCAUCCACGAGCACAAACAGUCCGAGCACAAACAGCCCGAGCAGAAGCAACAAGCACCCACUUCGAAUGGGCCUCCUGCCACACCGGCCAAACUGACCGUUCCUGGGGCGCCGGAGCAAAACGGAACUAAGCCGGAUAAUUCGGAGAAGCCCGAGUCGCCCAAGGAAAGCGACAGCCCAACGGAAGCUCAGAAGCAAACCAGUCAAACCAGCACGAAAAACAACAAAACUACGCGGACGACUAGCAAGGAAGCGCCCCCCCUUCCGCCGGGUUCGCAACCCCCGGCUCAGAAGCAGGAGGUCAUCAAGGGUCCCUGGCGACUUCUCCGUAUUCUGCCGCGGGAAAGUCGGUUCAUCAUUGGUCGCAUGCUCAAGGUCAACCCCAAGGAGCGAGCUACGCUGGAUGAGGUCUUGGAGGACGAGUGGGUGCGCAACAUCUUGACCUGUACGCAGGACAGCGCCGGCACCGUUAGCCCCGCCUCCAACCACAAACACAUCCUCGAACCUCCAUCCCAGGCUCCCGCUGCUGCGGUUGCCAGUAAAGGUGCCAAGGCUAAAUAA